GUUCCUGUGUCGGGGGUGUGAGUCGGGGGCGGGUCCUCGGGCCGCACACGCCCCCACCGGCCUUAAAAACGCUCGCCCGCGCGGGACCCGCCGCCGCUGGCACUGGGGGGACUGCUAGGCUCCGCGCGGCCCCCAGUCCCCUGCCGCGACCGCGCCGCACAGUUGCCCAUGGCUGACCUGAGCUUCAUCGAGGAUGCAGUCGCCUUCCCCGAGAAGGAGGAAGACGAGGAGGAGGAGGAGGAGGGCGUGGAGUGGGGUUACGAGGAAGGUGUUGAGUGGGGCUUGGUCUUUCCUGAUGCUAACGGAGAGUACCAGUCUCCUAUCAACCUAAACUCCAGAGAAGCCAGGUACGACCCCUCGCUGCUGGAUGUCCGCCUGUCCCCAAAUUACGUGGUCUGCCGGGACUGUGAAGUCACCAACGAUGGACACACCAUUCAAGUUAUUCUGAAGUCAAAAUCAGUUCUGUCAGGAGGACCAUUGCCUCAGGGACAUGAGUUCGAACUCUACGAAGUUAGAUUUCACUGGGGAAGAGAAAACCAGCGUGGCUCUGAGCACACAGUUAAUUUCAAAGCUUUUCCCAUGGAGCUCCACCUGAUCCACUGGAACUCCACACUGUUUGGCAGCAUCGACGAGGCAGUUGGGAAGCCCCAUGGCAUUGCCAUCAUUGCGCUGUUCGUUCAGAUAGGGAAGGAGCAUGUUGGCUUGAAGGCAGUGACUGAAAUACUCCAGGAUAUCCAGUAUAAGGGAAAAUCCAAAACAAUACCCUGCUUUAAUCCUAACACUUUAUUACCAGACCCUCUUCUGCGGGAUUACUGGGUCUACGAAGGCUCUCUUACUAUCCCACCUUGCAGCGAAGGAGUUACCUGGAUAUUAUUCCGAUACCCUUUAACUAUAUCCCAGCUGCAGAUAGAAGAAUUCCGAAGGCUGAGAACACACGUUAAGGGGGCAGAACUUGUAGAAGGCUGUGAUGGGAUUUUGGGAGACAAUUUCCGACCUACCCAGCCCCUGAGUGACAGAGUCAUUCGAGCCGCAUUUCAGUAGCCAGAAAGACUGUGAUCAACCCAUCUGCAUCAGGGAGGAAGACAGUGGUCCCAUGGAAUCCUUGGAUGAGGAGUGGAACCUCCUGAGUGGCAGCUUCACUUUAACCCUCAAGCCUGCAUUGUCUUCAGCUUUCCCAGCUUGAUGGAUAUCUGUGACCAUUGUCUGCACACAUGCUGUUCUGAAAUAUUAGAAGUGGCUGUUAAAAGAAAUUCAGUGUGUGUGCACAUACCACAGCUGCUGAUAUUCAGACUUCUGCACAUACUGCUUAUUGAUUAUGUGUAGAAAGAAUGAAAGUAGUUUUUAGACCUGUUAAUAUAACUGUAUCAUAUAUCAGUAUGAGACAAAAGAAAGCCUCCACAUUUCUGGAGCCAAGUUGUUCAUUUCCUGUCUGUAUUAGAAAAUAUGCUCAUCCCCAGCCUAGUGUAAUUCUUGAUAAUAAAAUAAGAGUUUUGAUUCACAACAGCCUAGAACUUCAAAAUACAACAUGAAAGAGUCAUAAAAAUUAUUGUGUGUGUUUUUUUUAAUUAUCAUACCAAAUUUAAUAUUAAGCUGGAUUGUUAUAGUAAACAAUUUUGGAAUUAAUGCAAAAAUACUUUAUAUAUUAUUUUUUAAAGAAUUUAACUAAUAUAGUUAGAGCAUAUCUGAAACUAUGGCUUCUACGAAGUUAAGAAUAGCAUAAGAAAUAAAUAGGAAGAAAGAUGGGCACAGCGAUAACUUUGUUUUUCAUAAUAGAAAUAGAAUUCAGUAGUAUACUAGAUUAAUUUAGUAUUGGACACUCUGUAAGUCUUCAAAUACUCUAUAGAUUGCACUUCUGUGCUGAGGUAAGAUAGGGUUGACCAUACCCUUGUGUUAAGAGUGACUCUCCAUUUAGCAUGUCUUUAGUCACGGUUCAGUGUGACAGAAUGGUGUAAAGCAGUAGAGAUACUGGCAGAGAGCAAGAACUUAAAUAAAUGGUUUUUGGUGGCUGUAACUGAUGGAAAAAAACCAAAUCAAUUUGGAGGGAUUUUGUGGUAGGUAGAGUAACCACCUGUUCAGAGAUUUUAGAUCUGUUGGGUAGAGGCUGCAUUAAUGGAAACAAUACAAAUAAAAAAGUCACAAGAGACCUCCAGAAAACAGAAGCAAAGAAGGUUCAAUGUAGAGUCCUGGACAGGAAGGAAGACUAGAGCUGUGGUCCUGGGGAAAGUGAGAGACAAGAAGGAUCAGCAGACCCAGAAUACAACAGAGCAGCCACAUGCAGGCCUCCAAUGGCACAGACAGGGCCUGGAUACUUCCUUUUUGCAGCUUUUAGUAUCUGCUAAAAAGAAAAGGGCAAAGUAUAGGUUAAAUCAAAAUACAAACAAACAACAAAACCACCCUAAAAACAAUCUAAAUCCAGGGUAGCACUAUGAGAUGUGAUCAGCCAUAGCUGCAGGAAUGUCGUAGUUUAUAGUUACUGGACCAGCUCUAAAUACUUUCAUGCUUAGCAUGCUUAGAACUUCUCUGGUAGACCAGUGACUGGAGCACAAGCAGGCACAGGCCUCUGUGUCUGCACUCCUGCAGACUUGGACUUGAGUUCUUGGUUUUCAUGUGUCCAACUUCCUUCAGUAUCUAACCAUCUGACCCUGAAACAUGUAAAGUGGAAAACGUAACAACAAAAACUAAUAUAAUUGACCUCCACAUCUAACACUCACAUGUUUAUCCUCUGGUCUAAGAUGAAAAUUUCAUAAAGCAACUAAAAUUAUUUUCUGAGUGUUUUUGUAAAUGGCUAUUUAAGAUUAGUAUCCAUGGUGAACCUUCGUAGUCUUUAUAUUCUUUUUUAUAUCUUUUAUUUAUUUAUUUUGGGAGAAGUUCUCACUGUCUAGCCUUGACUGUCAUGGGUAUCUCUGUGUCAGUCAGACUGGCCCCACUCUCCCAGAGGUCCACCAGACUCUGCUGGCAUUAAAGGUGUGUGCCACUAAGCCCAACCAAUAUUUUCAUGUAUGAUGAACCCCUUCAAGUACUAAUUGCCACUAAUUCACAAUAGAAACACUAGUGUGUUUGUAUGAAUGGAUUUGAAAGUCUAAUUUGUUCAUUGGUAAAACUGUAAAUAAAUAUUCUCAAAUCUGUAUUACUCUGAUGGUGAGUGGGAGAGAAGAUCAAAAGUUAUACAAUGGGACCUGAAGUUAGAGGAGCCUUCUGGAGCACAAGUGAAGGAGGGCCUUAACUAGGAGUGUGCGGUGAAUCUCCCAAAUCCUGAGAUCCAGAGUGAAGGCCUGAAGAACCUUCCACAAAGCUUUCACAUGAACCUAAGGGUGUGUGAGGGGACAUUGAUCUCAGAAGGCUUCUCAGCCAAGGUAAUUUCAGUCUUCUACUUGGAAAAAAAUGCAUGUGUUUGUGUGUGUG